GGGGACCCUAAUGGCGGUGCUCUUGGCAUCUGUAAUCGUGGUGGCCACCAUCCUGGUGGGGGCCCUUCUGUGGUUCAGUAUCUUGUGGGCUGUGACACUGCCCCUAAUGGCGAUUUACAUCCGUGUGAAGGGAGAUGUAUUCAGUUUGGUGGAGUGGGAGUAACUGCUCAAGUGUUUGGGAGCUUCCUUGAUGCUAAUAAAGUACCAUUUUUUUCUAACGUCAUGGCUUUAUUUUACUAUUGGCUUUAUAUCACCCAAUUAUAUUUGUUGAAUGCAUCCUUCACCAAUCAACAUUUUUUUAAGUUUUUCUUUUUCCUGACAGUGUCAUCUACAAUGAUGGACCAAGUAGCUCUUAUUUUUGUUUGAACCACAACAAGCAUAAGGCAAAGUUAUUCUUCGCCUAUACGUGGGUUUUGAGGAAAAGGUCAUUUGUCUUUAUAACGAUAAGGUACCCUUGAGUGGUUCUAUGGUCCCUGGAGGAGGGCUGUGAGGGGUGAUCCUUGAGGCCACCAUAGACCCGAGGGAGAUUAUCCUUUUUCAUCAUUGCAAGUUUGAUUUCCAGCAGACUUAGUGUUGCAAUCUGCACGUCUCAUUUUGGGACAUCUAGAAUACCUUCUAUGAAAAACCCACCAUAUAUUUUCUCUCCAAUUCCAUUCCUUGGUCAUGCAGUAGCAUUUGGGAAAAGUCCAAUUGAAUUCCUAGAAAAUGCAUAUGAGAAGUAUGGACCUGUGUUUAGUUUCACCAUGGUGGGCAAGAAAUUUACUUACCUUCUGGGGAGCGAUGCUGCUGCCCUGCUUUUUAAUAGUAAAAAUGAAGAUCUGAAUGCAGAAGAUGUGUACCAGCAUCUGACAACACCUGUGUUUGGAAAGGGAGUUGCAUACGAUGUGCCUAAUCCGGUUUUCUUGGAACAGAAGAAAAUGCUAAAAAGUGGCCUCAACAUAGCCCAAUUUAGAGAGCAUGUUUCUAUAAUUGAAAAAGAAACAAAGGAAUACUUUGAAAGUUGGGGAGAAAGUGGAGAAAAAAAUUUGUUUGAAGCUCUUUCCGAGCUCAUCAUUUUAACAGCUAGCCACUGUUUACAUGGAAUCGAAAUCAGAAGUCAACUCAACAGGAAGGUGGCACAACUGUAUGCAGAUCUGGAUGGAGGUUUUAGCCACGCAGCGUGGCUGUUGCCUAGUUGGCUGCCUUUGCCAAGUUUCAGGCGCAGGGACAGAGCUCAUCAGGAGAUGAAGAAUCUUUUCUGUAAGGCAAUUCAGAAACGCAGACAGUCAGAGAACAAAACUGAUGACAUGCUCCAAACUUUAUUAGAGUCUACAUACAAAAAUGGAUGCUUUCUCACAGAUGAUGAGAUAGCAGGGUUGCUUAUUGGACUGCUGCUGGCAGGGCAGCAUACAUCCUCAACUACUAGUGCUUGGCUGGGCUUCUUUUUGGCCCAAGACAAAGCACUUCAAGAAAACUGUUACUUGGAACAGAGAGCGGUCUGCGGAGAGGACCUGCCUCCACUGACUUAUGACCAGCUUAAGGAUCUGAAUUUACUUGAUCGCUGUAUUAGGGAAACCUUAAGGCUUAGACCGCCCAUCAUGACCAUAAUGAGAAUGGCCAGAACACCCCAGACUGUGGCAGGCUAUACCAUUCCUCCAGGCCAUCAGGUGUGUGUGUCUCCCACGGUCAACCAAAGACUGAAAGACUCAUGGUCAAAACCUCUGGACUUUAAUCCUGAUCGCUACUUAACGGACAACCCAACAUCAGCAGAGAAAUUUGCUUAUGUGCCAUUUGGAGCUGGUCGUCAUCGUUGUGUUGGGGAAAAUUUUGCCUACAUUCAAAUUAAGACAAUAUGGUCCACUAUGCUUCGCUUAUAUGAAUUUGAUCUCAUUGAUGGAUAUUUUCCCAGUGUGAAUUAUACAACCAUGAUUCACACCCCCGAAAGACCAAUUAUCCGAUACAAACGACGAUCAAAAUGAAAAGAUGGCAAGAACUCACAUCAUGGUCAGCUGCAAACCAUUUGAAGAUACCAGAGUUUACAAGGCAAUGCCUAGUGUACUGGUUUUGGAAUGUGUAAUUUAAAGAGCCACUUAAGAUUUUUACAUUGUAUUAAUUGAAUGAGAUUCAUUCACUUUUGAUGGCAUUUAAAUAUCUCUAUUAGUUUUAUGAUGAGUACUUUUACAGGUGCUUUGAUGAGGUAAAGCUCAUUAGUAAAACAUGAAAAUUGUCCAGGGAAGCUCUAGGCACUUGACAGAUUUUGUAACAUUAAAAUUUCCAGGUACUAUUUAUAAGAACACACACACAGAUAAGAAAUAGAGAUGGAGAGAGGGAGAGCUGAAGAUAGAUCCUGGAAAUUAAACACAUGGUUUUCAGAUUUUGGACUAGUUCUUCAAGGUAUAGAAAGGCUACUAAAAUACUUGGAAUCUGUAUGCUACUUGCUCACCUGGGUACUUCGUGUGGGGGAAGGGCAUGGGGGAGGCCAUGUAGGGACUAGCCAUCACUUUUGAAAACCCUGGGUAAAGGACACUAUCAUUAACUGUUCAUAGAUGCUGUGAUGAUAUUCAGGAGUAAUUGGGAUGUUAGAGAAAAAUAAUGCCAUUAGAAAUUACUGGGCAAAAAAAAAACAAACUUACUGGACACACCGUCUACAGCACAAGAGGGAUUUAUGACCAUGACUUAAGUAAUGGUAUUUCCUAUAAGCUAUCAUUCUUAAAACGAAUUCUUAAUACUCAUGUAAUUUAAUCUGAUUACUAAAUAUAUGUCAGUCUACUGGAAAUGUAUCUGGUUCCACACAGUCACAUCUUAGGGAAUAAUUUUUUUCUCUUUUCUCCAAAGUUGUUCCUUACUUUUCUCCCAGAAUACAGUUAGGGAUAUUCCAUUUCUAGUUCCAUUCAUUUAAGUUUCCUUUAGGGUAAUAAGCUUUUCCCCCUUAAGCAGGC